AUGGACGACGGACUCUUCGCCUUCGAGCAUGACGACCACGACGACGACGACGCCUAUGAAACUUCCGACGAUGAUAACUAUUAUAGUGACGAAACCGAGAGUCAAGCAUGGCAGAAACGCAACAGGAAACAGAUGAUAAUUUCCGACGAACAAGUUUUUGAGAAUCUUCCGGCUGAUCAAUUUUUGAGCAAAAUCGACAUCUCCAGCGGCCCCACCGUCAAGAUCUUCGUUCGAUCACUCGGAAGUUCCAAGCUGCAAGCACUUACCUUACCCAAAGACCUGCUAUGUAGCCACUCUCCAUUCUUCGAUCACGCUUUCAAUUGUCAAACCCAAUCCCACGAUGCUGUUUCUCAAGAAAUGAGUCUACCCGAAAUUUCUCUCAUUACCUUCCAACUCAUCGUUCAAUUUCUCUGCACCAAUACAUUCGUCUUUCCUACCACCAUCACUUCUCCUCACGAAAAACUCACCCUUUACCUUCUCUUCUUCCAAAGCUGCGCUCGCUUCACCAUAAGCCUCACACUCACAUCCCCCCAUCAUCAUCAUCCCCAUCCCCACCAUCCCCACCAUCAUCCCCCCACCCCCCAAAUCCACAACCCCAUCCUCACCCAUUUCAAACAGCACCUCCAACACUCCUCCACCCACGGCAUCUUCCCCCACCAAUCCCACAUGCAACUCGCGAUAACCCUCCCCACCAUCCACGAAGCACGACGUCUCGCAAUCGCCGCAUGCGUCAAACCCUAUGCAUAUUCGCUCACGAAAUCCAGCACGUGUUAUGGGCGCGCACUCUUUCAUCUGGAGGGGUAUGUGCAGGAAUCAACGGAGUUUGCGGCUGAGCUGAUGAGGGCGUAUACGAAAGCUGUGAGGGGCGCGUUGGGUAACCAUACAUUUGUGGAUCCGCUUAUGAUGAGGGUGGUGGAGGUUAGGACGGGAGGGGAUGAGAGGGGAGGGAGGGGAGUAGCAUGGAGUGCGUGA